AUGGAAAAAUGUGACAAAGAAGCUGGAGAUCAUGCUAUUUUUAAAGUAAUACCACCCCCAGGAUUUAAAGCAAGAAGAUAAGGCUAUGAUAAUCUUGAUUUGACAGUCAAAAGUAAUAUCUAAAUCGUAGCUAGUGCAAAUUUAUCAAUAUUUAUAGAACCAAUCGAAUAAAAUGUCCACGGCAAUAAGGGAGUCUAUGAAUUAGUAUACUUUGUAAAGGAAAGCAAGUCUUUCUAGAGAUUCAAAAAAUAUGCUACUCAAUAUGAUUAGUUAACAGAUGGAAAAUCUGAUGAAGAAGUAGAGAGACUGGUAAGAUUGGGAGAUCAUCAAAUUCAAGGAGUGAACACACCUUACAUUUAUGUCGGUUCUUGGAAGACCAUGUUUGGUUGGCAUAAAGAAGACAUGGAUUUGUAAUCCAUAAACUAUCUUCACUAAGGCAAACCCAAGUUUUGGUAUGGCAUAAGUAUCGAAGAUAAUGAGAAAUUUGAAAAUUUCCUGAAAUCAAGAUUGCCAGAGUACUUCAAGGAAUGUCCAGAAUAUAUCAGGCAUAAGACCACUCUAAUCCAUCCAUAACUACUUUUGGACAAUGGAAUUAGAGUAACAAAACUUGUUCACAGAUAAGGAGAAUAUAUGAUUACGAGAGCAUCAGGUUAUCAUUCAGGAUUUAACUAUGGUUUUAACAUAGCUGAAGCAGUCAACUUUGCAGUUCCAUCCUGGCUUGAGAUUGGCAACAAAGUUCAGACCUGCAAAUGUGUUAAGGACAGUGUGUAAUUUAACAUGGGAAAUUUCAUGCUAAAUGUUGAGAGAUCUGAAUUCAUUAAGAAGCUCUAGAAAAACAGAGCUUCGAAAAUUAAGGCAGUCGAAUUCGAAAAGAAUCUAAAGAGAUACGGACAGAGUGAAAACCUUCAUUCAUUCAAGAACACUCCUUAAAACAUAAAAGUUAUUCCCCCAAGAAGGGCCAAUAGCUUUACAUCAUCUCCAAUUAGAAUCAGAUCUUCCACAAGUCUUGAAAAGAUAGCUGAGAAGCAUGAGGAAGUAAAAAGCAAGUUAUCUGACAAAGUAUAGAAGAGAACGUUGGUAUGCAACUUAUGCCAGAAAUCUAGGAAAAUUGCAAGGGGUCUUACUUAACUAUAACAGUCAAGUUUUGAAUGCAGGCAACUGAAGAACAAGAUAAUAAAAUGCUUGAAAAUUGGAAGGAAGAGAGACUAGAAGUACAGCUAGAAAGAAUCUUAGUAGGCUAAUUCAGCUACUACUAAAUCUUCAUAGUCAUCUAGUUCAAGAUCUAAGAGCAUUAAAAGGGUUGAGAUUAAGAAAAAAACUGCUAGGAGAGGAGCUUAGCCUACUACUCCCAGAUAAAAAGGAAUAUUGUAGAAUUAGAGGGUAAGAAGAGACUGA